AUGUUUUGGACAUUGUUUUGGUCUCAAGAUUUCAAACGAGUUUUCGUCACAACUCUGGAUCAGGUGGACCCGUACGCCGACGAACAGUUGGCUAAGUUCGUCGUUCGCUCGCAUAUCAAACACCACCCGAAUGUCACCGACGAUGACCUGCAGCGGGUCCGCGACGCCGACACCGCCGAUGUUAUCGACAAAGAAAAUGCCAGUCAGAGUGAGGACAUCAUCGAGAAUCUGGACAUUGAGCCCAUUCCUCAGGAGUUGCUUCGCAAGUACAUCGUGUACGCGAGGGAUAGAGUGCGUCCCAAGUUGGCCAAGUUUGACCAGGAUAAGGUGUCCAAGCUAUACUCCGAGCUCAGGCGGGAGUCACUGCUGACCGGUUCCAUACCGAUCACUGUUCGCCACAUUGAGAGUAUCAUCCGGUGCUCGGAAUCGCACGCGAGAAUGCAUUUAAGGGAUGCCGUCGGGGAUCAGGACGUGAAUUUGGCCAUUCAAGUGGUGCUCGAGAGCUUCAUCGACACCCAGAAGUUCAGUGUCAGGAAAUCCAUGACUAAAACGUUUAGCAGAUACUUCCAGCGCUCCAACACUGAGCUACUGUUCACGAUAUUGCGUCAAAUGGUUCACGAAGAGCUGUCACUCAUGAGGAACCGUACGACUGCCGGCGCUCACAUCGAGAAGGUUGAGGUGAAUGAGAAGGACUUCGCUGCUAAGACACGACAACUAGACAUUCAACACUUGCGAGCCUUUUAUGACAGCCGAGCGUUCGCUAUACAGAACUACACCUACGAUCCCGUCAAGAAAGUCAUUGUCCAGAAGUUUUAACCACUUUUACCUCCAAUUAUCACUGAAUUUCUGUUUCUAUGAUUUAAUAUUUGAAUUGUUUUUGAAUUUUCGCACAAAUCUUGUGUUUUUGUCGUUCAUAUCAAUAUAAUUAGCCAUUCAUUGCACUUAACUAUCAUUUAAUUUGCGAUCAGCUCUUAAGUUAUGAACAGAAAUUGCAUUUAAUUUGG